AUGAAAGUCGUUUGUCCUCUCCUCUGUCUUGCUUUCUUCUUAUUGACCCUUUUAAAUGUAACAAGGUGUGAUAAAUUAAUUUCAAAAUUUACAAAGCAUGGAGAUCUAGACUUAGUUCUAUUAUAUGAUAUAGGUUUGGUUGAUGAUGCUGAAAACAAUCAUUUGAAUUCUUUAGAAAAUAUAGCCGAGCUAGGAAAAAAUUUGCUGGUUAAGAGUAAUAAAAAUAUAACUUUGUCAUAUAUAACAUAUGAUGAUAUAAAUGUUGAUUUAAGAAUUGAAUCAAGAAAUAAUGAUAAAGUAGAUAAUACAAAUAAAUAUAAUAAAUAUAAAAAAUAUAAUAAUAAUAGUGAUAAAAAUAUAGAGGAAUUUCAAGAUGAAGUAUUAGGUACUAAAUUAAAAUCAUCAUAUAAGAACUCAGCACAUUUAAAAGCAUUAAAUUAUAUAGGAUUAAAACAUUUUUAUAAUUCAGAAAAAGAAUCAAUUAAAAUGGUUAUCAUGUUUAUGAAUACAGAUGGUGAUUAUAAUAUGAGUGAUAAUAGAUCUUCUAAUUAUCAUGCAGAAUUAAAUUCAAUACAUUAUUUAUUUGAUAGAAAAAAUAUUAUAUUAAAUAUAAUAACAAAAGUAGCUUUUAAAAAUUAUUGUCAUUAUAUACAACAAAUUGGUUCUAAUACUAAUGAGUUAUUAAAAUGUGUCUUGAAAAAUUCUUUUUAUAAUAAAUCAGCUUUAACAUAUGAAAUUGGAAAAUAUUAUGAUGAUAUAUCAAUAAAUGCAAUAUGUCAUGGAUGGUCUGAAUGGUCUCAAUGUUCUGUGACAUGUAAUAUGGGUUAUCAUUUUAUAAAAAGAGAUUCAUUAGGAUAUAUAAAAAAUUCUAAAAGUGGAUUAUAUAAAAGGAAAGGGAGAAGUUGUUUAGAACAAAGACAUUUAAUAAUUCAAGAAUGCUUUAAUACAUCUUGUGAUCACUCAUUAGAUAUAUGUGAUAAUUUAUAUAUGGAUAUAUCAAUAUUAUUAGAUGACUCAUCAUAUAUCACAUUAGAAUCAUGGAAUAAAUAUAUUAUACCUUUUGUUAGAAAAUUUAUAACUCAUUUUAAUAUUAAUCAUAAUCAAAUUAAUUUCUCAUUAACUACAUAUUCUAAUCAUACUUAUAAUUGGUUCGAUUUUUCAAACCUACUUUCAAAGGAUAAAGAUAAAUUAUUAACAUAUCUAGAAUAUUUUAAAUUUAAUUUUGGUUCCUCUACAAAAGAUAUCAAGCAAGCCAUAAAAUAUAUGAAUGAUCAUGUUUUAAAUACAAACUAUCAAAGAAAGGAUGCAAAGAAAGUUAUGAUCAUCAUUAAUUCAGGCGAGGUAGAUAAUAAAACUGUUAUGUUACUACCAGAUAUUCUGAAAAAUAUUAAAGAUACUCAUAAUAUUCAAGUAUAUUCUAUAUGUAUUAAUAAUCAGAAUGUCGAAAACUGCAAAAAGUUAAGUACUCAUUCGAUGGAAAACGAUGGAUCCAACUAUUCUUAUUCCUUCUCAAAUGCUUCAGAUUUGAGAUAUAAUAUGUUUGGCAUACAAAAAAAUAUAUGUCGCAAUGUGGUAGGCAAGGUUAGAAGAAAGCUGAGAAGUAGUGCAAACAUGGAAAGGGGUGGUAAUGUAGAUGAAGAAAAAAAUAGCAGCAUUGCCCAGAAAGAACAAAGCGAGAGUGAUAACAAAACAGAUGAACGAAAGGAAAAAGGAAAUAUGUCCACGUCAAAUGAGCAUAAUAUAUCAGUAAGAAUAAAUGAUGUUGAUGAUGUUGAUGAUGUUGAUGAUGUUGAUGAUGUUGAUGAUGAUGAUGUUGAUGAUGAUGAUGAUGUUGAUGAUGAUGAUGUUGAUGAUGAUGAUGUUCAUGAUGAUGAUGUUCAUGAUGAUGAUGAUAUAAUCACACAUGAUAAUAUAAGAACAUAUGAUGAUCCUGUUAGUCAAGACAAUUCAACCUUUGAAAAUCAAAAUUUUAUGGGAAGAAAAAAAUACGAUUCCAAAUAUACGAGCAAAUUAAGUAUUAAUAGCUUAGGAAAUAUAAAUGAAUCUAAUGAUAAUCAUAAUAAUUAUGAUUAUUAUGAUGAUGAUUCAUUAAAUCAAAAUAAAGGAUUUUUAAAAAAAAAUUCAAUUAUUUUGAAAUCAUUAUAUAAUUUAAAUGAAGAUUAUGUAAAUAACAAUAUAAAUAAUAAUGAUAAUAGUAGUAGUACUAGCCGUUCUGGUAAUAAUAAUUGUGGUAAUAAUGAUAUACCACAUUUUAAAAAUAUGAGGAAAUAUAAUUCAGAAACAAACAUCCCUAGCUGUAGUAAGAAUAAUAAAAGUUCGAAUGGAAAAUUGUUGAAUCGGUUAUAUAAUAUGUUAUUUAGAAAAAAAAAAAAAUAUAGAAUUAAAAAUAUUGAUAAAGAUUCAAAAAAAAAAGUUGAUAAAUUUAUUCAAAAUAUAAAAUUGUUAAAUGAUAAUAAUGAUGAUAAUAAUAAGAUUGAUGAAAAAAAUAUAGAAAUACAAUUUGAUACUUUGUUAGAUGGUAUAUUUGAUUUCUUACAAGAUUAUGAUAAUUCAAGUCUCAGUACGUUUAAUGAUUCUAUAUUAGAUGAUGAUUGUGUUUAUUUUUUGAAUGCAAGAUCUUGUGGUUUCUCCCUCGCGAACCUUCCUACAUGCGAUAAGGUGAAUGUGGAAUCUGAAAUAGGAGGAGAAAUAGGAGGAGAAAGAGAUGAUGAUGACGAUGAUGAAGAUGAUAAUGAUGAAGAUGAUGAAGAUGAUAAUGAUUAUGAUGGUGAUGAUGAUAGUGAUGAUAAUGAUGAUAAUAAUGAUAAUGGUGAUGACCAGUCUAAUAAUAAUAAUAAUAAUAAUGAUAAUAAUAAUGAUAAUAAUAAUGAUGGUGAUGGUGAUGAUGACCAGUCUAAUAAUAAUAAUAAUAAUAAUAACAAUAAUAAUAAUGAGCAUGAUGCUGGUGAUGAUCAUAAUGAGAAAGGCAACGAUUAUAUAUCUCAAUAUAACUUGAUAUUAAAAGAUAAAUCACAUAAUGAUAAUAAUUAUAUGACAAAUGAACAUGAACAAAGGAUGGGGGGAGAGAAACAAGAAAAUAUGGAUAUAUUAUCAAAUGAAGAAGAUAAUAUUUCCUCAAAAUAUAAUAAUGACCUUCAGAGAGUUAAGAGAUCAUUAGAUUUUCCAGAAAAUUUUAUUAAAGACAAUUAUGAAAAAACAAAAGAUAUUCAUAUAUCUAAAAAGGAAGAAGACAAUGAAAAUAAUAAUAGUAAAGUACAUAUUAAUUCUCAAAGUAAAGAGGAAAAUAAAAAUGUUGUAGACAAUACAAUUCCUUGUAGUAAUAAAAAUAUAAAUGAAGAAGAUAAUGAUAUUAAUAAUUCAAUAAAAAUUCCAAAUAUUGGAAUAUUUGAUAAAAGCAAAAUAAAUUGUAGAAAUAAAAAAGCAUCUAAAUUUGAUCAGAUUAAACGAUUUAAUGAUAAGAUUAAAAGAUUUAAUGAUAAGAUAAAUAAUUAUAAUAAUCCAUUAAUAACAAAUCUGGAAAAUAAAAAUGAAGAAAUAAAUGUGCCAAAAAAUAAUGACGAUGGAAAACAAAAAAGAUUUCUUCCUAUAAUUAAAAAUGAUUAUCCAAAAGAGACAGGAGAGAAAUAUGAAAACAAUGUUAUAUAUGAAGAAAAUAAUAAAACAGAUAUUAAUAAUAAUGAUAUGCAUAAUAAGGAUGUAGAAAAAUUAUAUAAAGAUAAAAAUUCACACCAUAUUAAAAAUAAAUAUGAUAAAGAUAAUCUUACAGAAAAUAAUGAAGUAAUGCAAAGAUAUUCAAAAGAUAAUGAUGAAGAUGAUGAAGAGUAUGAACAUUGGCAUGGACAUCAACAUGAUACAAAAUAUACACCGGUAUAUAAAUAUGCAGCUUCUUUUACAUUGGCUGCUAUUUUAUUUUUAGGUUUAUCCUUAUAUUAUAUAAAUAAUAGAAAAGGUAACCAAAUUAUAAAUGCAAAAGCGUCUAAUGAUUUUCCAGUAUAUACUAAUGUGAAGGAAGUAUCUUGUAAGGAACAAAAUAUAGAAACAAUGAAUGAAAUGCAAUGGCAAUAA